AUGGAUAAUCAAGGAGACGAAAACCGACCACGAGUCGCAGAUCCUUCAGGCGAGGUAUGCCCGAACUACGCAGGCCCCGCUUACGCCCCAUUCAGGCAGAUGCUCGUCGAGCGAGGGAUGACAGUGGAAGACGCGACCCAGGCUUUGAAAGACGGUUGGCAAGCCGAGUACAACCAAAGGUUGGAAGCCUGGCAAACCCAGGUACAAGCCGACAUAGCCGCCGCCGAGGCACAGCACCAGCGCAUGCAAGAAGAGGCUGCUCGGAAUCUAGCUGCAGAGCAACAGGUCCGAGAAGAGGAGCGGCGCGCCAUGGACAAGAAGAAACCCAAGCUCGCGCGGAUAAUCUCGAGCCAGCCGCCGCCAGACACGAUACGAGACCGCAUCUCGGAGUACGCAAGAGACAAGUUGGCCAAGCUAGGGUACGUGGAGUUAGACUACUUCACGGCCAAAGCGAAGUCAGAGGCGUCGACAUACUCGAAGACGGUCGCGGACGACGCGAUGCUGAUGAUGAGAGGCGAGGGCUCGAACCUUUACAACUUCGUCCCCGCAGCCGCAGGCAGAGCGCAGAAAGUCCGCGCAGACGCAGACCUACCGUUCGCGGAGUUCUUACUCACCUGGCAGGGUUUCCUGGCAGAGCUCGAGACCCUCCCGCUCUGGCCGCGGGAGCACAUCGACCAGUACCAAGAUUUCCUCGUAGCCAUUGUGGGCCACGUGGACAACCAGGAGGCAGUUGGACAGGCCGCGCUCAUGCUCUACGUCGACUCGGUCCGUCACGAGUGGCACAGGAAAGUCCUUGCGAAAGACAUGGACGACACGCUCUUCAACAUCUCCAAGUUCAACCACAAUCUCUACAACUCGUGCAGGAGGACGGUCGAAAGUAAGAGGCACAGGGAGGCAGUCGAGUCGGUGCGUAUCCGUCAUGCCGCGGUCGACAGCAGUCGCUAA